GUUUCCAGAUCGAUUUCAGCUUGCCAGGGUGUGAUAUUAUUGGUGGAUGCAAAUGAUGGUGUUCAAGCACAAACUGUUGCAAAUUUUUAUCUAGCUUUUGUUAAUGAUCUGGUUAUUAUACCUGUUCUCAACAAAAUUGAUUUAAAGAAUGCAAAUCCUGAAAGGGUUUGUAAUCAGCUACAAACAUUAUUUGACAUAAAUCCAGAUGGCAUUUUGAAGAUUUCGGCAAAACUCGGAAUGGGUAUAGAAGAAGUUUUGAAGAAAAUUAUAACCAGUUUGCCACAUCCUCCUGCUGAUAGAGAAGCAAAAUUCCGAGGUUUAUUAUUUGAUUGUUCAUUCAACAAAUAUAGAGGAGCUCUAAGCUUGAUCUAUGUAAAGGAUGGAUCUAUUUCUGUCGGAGAUCAGAUUACCUCUUUUCAUAGUAAAAAAGAAUAUGAAGUGAAAACCCUAUCCCUCUUGAGGCCAGAUGAAGUUCCUGUUGAAAAAUUGAUUGCAGGACAAAUAGGUUUGCUGGGUUGCAAUAUGAGAUCCAGCAAAGAAGCAUAUAUUGGAGAUACCAUACACCAUUCUAAGGACAUAGUAGAACCUUUAAAGGGUUUCCGUGCUUCUCAACCAAUGGUGUUUGCAGGCGUCUAUCCAAUGGAUCAAUCACAGCAUUUGAAUUUGAGGAAUGCCAUCGAAAAGUUGACAUUGAACGAUUCUGCUGUGACUGUUGAACUUGACACAAGCCCAGCUCUUGGUCAAGGAUGGAGGUUAGGCUUUCUGGGAUUGUUACAUUUAGAAGUUUUUACACAAAGAUUGCAACAAGAAUAUGGGACAGAUCCAAUCAUUACAGCACCAUCUGUGACAUACAAACUAAAAUUGAAGCCUACGAAACAGAACAUAAAGGAUGGCAAAAAUAUAAUUUAUAUAAAUAAUCCUGCCAAUUUUCCUGAUCACAUCACAAUUGAGGAAGGAUUUGAACCAACCGUAAUAGGAACAAUAAUAACCCCAGACAAAUAUCUUGGACCCAUAAUGUCCCUUUGCAUGGAACGCAGAGGUGUUCAAAGGAGUGCAAAGAAUAUUGAUAAUGAAAGAGUGAUGCUGCAAUUUGAGAUGCCUUUGUGUGAAGUAGUUAUAGAUUUUCACGAUACUUUGAAAACCAUUUCUUCAGGAUAUGCAAGCUUCGACUAUGAAGACAAUGGGUACCAGAGUAGCAAUUUAGUGAAGAUGUGCAUUCUGUUGAAUGGAAAAUUGGUAGAUGAGCUGAGUAGCAUUGUGCACGUUAUGAAAGCUCAAACGAUUGCCAGACAAAUGGUUCACAAACUGAAAAAUAUGAUUCCAAGGCAAAUGGUGCAAGUUGCAAUACAGGCUAGUGUUAAUGGUAAAGUUCUUGCAAGGGAAAAUAUACAGGCCUAUCGAAAGGAUGUUACGUCAAAACUAUAUGGAGGUGACGUUACUAGGAGAAUGAAACUAUUGGCGCAACAAGCUGCUGGAAAGAAGAAAAUGAGAAUGAUUGCAAAUAUUUCAGUUCCGAGAGAUACCUUUAUAGAUGUGUUGAAAAAAUAAUGUGAGAACUAAAACCA